AUGCAGAAGAGUGGGGCAGUGGGAAGUUAUGCAAUGGAGGAAAUGAAGGCUUUGCACCAUCAAUUCAUCAGACUUAGGUUAGAGGAGGCUAUUGGCAAGGAUGCACUUCCAUCUCUCACAGAUCCCAUGGGGAGUAUUCACAAGGCUUUGGAGCAGCAUGUGGAAAGUAUCAAGCAACAGGGGCAAACAGGGAAAAGCAAAGGAAAAGAGAUCAUGAAAGGUGAAGGAAAGGCUAUUACCUACCAGCUGCAGUAUGAUCCUCAAGACACAGCAUCAGGGGAAGCCUUCCUUAGUCUAGAGAGACGAAUUAAUGAGCUCGAGCAAAUCCUAGGGCACAAACCUAUGGAUGGAAUGGUGGGUCUCCUAGAAAGUGUGAAGAGACUAGACUCCAAAGUCUCAAUGUUGGAGCCAGCUCACUUAGACAUGAUUGAAUCCCGUCUCUUAUACAUUGACAAUAAACUACCUGAAAUCCAAGACAAGAUGGGUGCAUCCUCCAAUGAUUCAGAUGGCACACAUGGAAAGUUGAAUCAGAUGAUGGGAUUGCUUCACGAGGUCAAAUCUUUGGGAGAUGUCCUUCCUCCCCUAGUCAACCGCCUUGUGUCUCUCCAUACACUUCAUGAACAUGCCCUAGAAUUUAGCAAGACCUUGAAGCAUGUGGAAGAGAUGCAAGAAAGCCUUUCAGCUGAGCUUUCUCAGACUACAGAGAUGUUGAGAACUGUCCAGGGAAACCUUGAGAAGAAUGUGGAAUCAUUCAAAAGCAGUGUGAAUGCUUUAGAUACAAGGUUUGGUGCCUUAAAAAAAUGAGUGGUUGUUGGUGACAAAAACAAACCAAUUUCUUUUCAAAUAACCAUUUUAUUUUCUUUUGGAGGGCUUUUUCAAGAUGUGAAUAAAAAAUAGUUUCUGCCUUAAACUCUGCCAA